AUGGAUAGGUCUUCGUAUAUGCGUGAAGAAUUUGUUGAAAAGCCACCUGAAGUAGAAGCUACUCAGUUUCUAAAGGCAUGGGAAGAUGGAUUGGAUGUGAGUGUACUUCAGGAGUUUCCAAACAAAAAGGCAGUGCAAGAUGCGGUGGAUAGAGCCGCAUUUGAUAAUUGUUUUGGUUUCAAGAUUAUAAAGUCGGAUACGGUGCGCUAUGUGGUGAAAUGUCGUCAAAAGAGCUGUAAAUGGGUUUUAAGGGCUGCAAAGAUUACUGGUUCUUCUCGUUUCUCGAUUAGAACGCACAAGAAGAUGCAUACAUGUUCUCGGGCUAGUCAGAGUACAAACAACCAGAGUAGGAAAGGAACACCACGACUAGUUGCAGCUAUACUGCAUGAAGAUUAUCCGGGACUGAUGGAGACUCCAACUCCUAAAAGUAUCAUGGGUAUUGUGCAGAACAAACUUGGCCUACGGAUAUCAUACUCGACUGCAUUAAGAGGGAAAAACCAUCAUGUUUUUAAUUUGCGAGGUAGUGCAGAAGAUAGCUAUAAGAAGUUGUAUUGUUACCUGCAUAUGCUAGAGGAAGUGAACUCAGGUACCGUAACAAGUGUGAAACUGGAUCAUGAGGGGAGAUUUCACUAUUUUUUUGUCGCCUUGGGAGCUUGCAUAGAAGGGUUUAAAUGCAUGAGAAAAGUGAUAACUGUUGAUGCGACACAUCUGAAGAACAGAUACGGUGGUGUACUGGUUUUUGCGUCUGCUCAAGACCCUAAUCGUCAUAAUUAUCCCUUAGCGUUUGCUGUUCUUGAUGGUGAGAAGAAUGAUAGUUGGAUCUGGUUUUUUGAGAAGUUGAAAACCAUUAUACCGGAUUCUUCCGAGCUGGUAUUUAUGAGUGACAGAAAUCCAAGCCUCCUCACCGUCGUAGCUACUGUCUAUCCGAUUGCUCAUCAUGGGUACUGCAUAUGGCAUUUGUCCCAAAAUGUCAAGGGUCGGGCAUACAACGCCAAUAAAGAUGUAGUCGCGUGGAGGUUCAUUGAGUGCAGUAGGCAUUACACGAUUGCUGAGCAUGAGAAGGCUUAUAGUGAUUUCGUGUCAAGGUAUCCUUCUGCGGCCAAGUAUCUGGUGGAGACUACAGAAAAUAUGAAACAUACAUGGGCAAGAUGUUACUUUCCAGGAGACAGAUACAACAUAGACACAAGCAACUGUGUGGAAUCUUUGAACAGCACUUUCAGAACCGCAAGGCAGUACAACUUAAUCCCCAUGCUUGAUGCGAUCAUUGCAAAAAUAUCUGAGUGGUUUAAUGAUCAUAGGAAGGAAGCUGCCGCUGUACCGGUUGAACAUAAAUUAGUGCCAUUUGUGGAGAAUUUUCUGCACGACACUUGGCCAGAAGCUAAGAAAUUGAAAGUGAAGGAGCUAAACUGGUUUGAGCGUCUUUAUGAUGUCAUUGCGAAGACAGAUGCCGGCGAAGCGAGGCAUUAUACGGUGAAUUUACUAUCAAAGAGUUGUAGUUGCAGGUUCUUUGAUAUUCAAAAAUAUCCUUGGGUUCACGCUCUAGCUGCUUUUAUAGAAUUCAAGGCCACAAAUGAAGAUAGAGAUCGUGAUAUCCAAGUACAUGAGUUGUGCUCGAUCUAUUAUUGGGUUGAGACAUGGCAAUUGGCGUAUUAUAGGACUGUUUAUUUGGUGCCAGAUGAGUGUCAGUGGAAUGUCCCGGAGUAUGUGAAGCAAUUGGAGAUCAAGCCGAAAAAGAAGCCUCCUAAGAAGGGAAGAAAGAAAGUCUUGAGAUUUCCUGGUCCUGGAGAACGUCGUGCAAGAACGAAAAAUAAAAGGCGACCAAGGCAAGGACUGUUUUGGUUGGUGACUGGACGAGAUGGAUAUGUUGGAUGA